CCAGCCAGACGAACGAUCCGACCACGACAAUUCCCACAACCUCUCUCUCCUGACAAGUCAACCUUCGACAGUUCAUCAGGUCGAUCGACAAUUCCUACUGCCCAGCAUGUCUCACGAAUCCGUCUGGAACUCUCGCCCCCGUGGCUACGGCAAGGGCGCCCGCCAGUGCCGUGUCUGCACUCACCGUGCCGGUCUGAUCCGCAAGUACGGCCUCAACAUCUGCCGUCAGUGCUUCCGUGAGAAGAGCGCCGACAUUGGCUUCCAGAAGCUCAAGUAAAUGCACCCUUGGAGCGAGGUGGGAACAGGGGACGAAAAGAGGAUGCGCGUUUUCCAGUCGACACGAAAUAAAGUGGCCAUCAUCCUCGACAAUCCUCACGCGAUGGACACACCAUCCAACCAGCUGAGGUCUUCUUUGCGCUUUGCAUUUGGAGUUGGUGGGACAUUCGGACAUGGGAAACCACCAGGAAUGGAGCAAAAAGUCGAGGGAGGGAAGGACCGUGUGAUGACUAUAGAACCGAGUAUCCUACAUCGGAAUACACACGAGUGAAAUGAGCAAAGCAACUCUU